UCACCCCGGAAGAGGGCGGCCGGGGCGAUGUUGGUGCUGGAGUGAAGAUGGCGCUGGGAGGGAGCGGCGGCGGCGGCGGUUCCGGGUUCCUCUCCCGGGCCCGGGCGGCGUCGGGCGGGCUCCUCCUGGCCCUCCUGGCCGGGCUGCUCUCGGGGGGCCCCGCGCAGGCCCGGCUCCACCAUCUCAGUCUCAAGGAUGACCUGCGGCAGAAAGUCCACCUCAACACCUUUGGCUUCUUCCAGGAUGGAUUCAUGCGGGUCACCAUCAACAACCUCUCCAUCAAGUCAGUGGGGGAGAGCGACAAAAACAUUCAGGUGGGCUUCAGUAUAGAUCGAACACAGAAUGAUGGAUUUUCCACUAACCUGAACGAAGAAGUGGAUUAUUGCAUCUUGAAUCAAAAGCCAAGCCGUGAGGUCUUGGUCAUCAUUCUUCUCCUGGAUUUCUCAGAGAAGCUGGUCAAAGUCAAGUUUGAAAAUAAAACCCCACAAUUGCCUGAAAUCACCUUCAGCGAAUCUCAAGCAACCGGUCCCCCGGGAAUUGCUGAUAAAUCUGAACCAAAACAGUCACUUAAGGACAAUACGACGGAAGUUCAGGUGCUUGCUGAGCGAACGCACCCAAUCCAAAGCGGGAACAAUAGUUUUUCAUUCCAGUUCAGCAUCAAUUCAAAGGAACAAGAAGGACUUUAUAGUCUUUAUUUUCACAAGUGCAUACUGGGAAAUGUGAGGACUGAACAGGUCCCCUUCAGCCUGGACAUCUCAAUCACUGAGCAAAAUCCAAACAGUUACCUCUCUGCUGGAGAAAUCCCACUUCCCAAGCUAUACAUUUCCAUGGCAGUUUUCUUCUUUGUUGCUGGGGUCGUGUGGAUCCACACUCUUCGGAAACUCAGGGCCGAUGUUUUCAAGAUCCAUUGGUUAAUGGCUUCGCUUCCUUUCACCAAGUCCCUUUCUUUAGUCUUCCACGCAAUCGAUUACCACUAUAUCUCCACACAGGGCUACCCCAUUGAAGGCUGGGCUGUUGUCUAUUAUAUCACACACCUCUUAAAGGGCGCUCUGCUGUUCAUCACCAUUGCUCUCAUUGGCACCGGCUGGGCUUUUAUUAAGCACAUCCUCUCCGAUAAGGACAAGAAGAUUUUCAUGAUCGUCAUCCCGUUGCAGGUCUUGGCCAACGUGGCUUAUAUCAUCAUUGAGUCUACAGAAGAAGGCACGACAGAAUACGGGCUGUGGAAGGAGAUAUUUUUCCUGGUGGAUCUUCUCUGCUGUGGAGCCAUCCUCUUCCCCGUAGUAUGGUUGAUCCGACACUUACAGGAAGCUUCUGCAACUGACGGCAAAGCAGCUGCCAUUAACUUAGCAAAAUUGAAGCUCUUCAGACACUAUUAUGUCAUGAUCGUGUGUUAUAUUUACUUCACCCGAAUCAUCGCCAUCCUCAUCAAGAUUGCGGUUCCGUUCCAGUGGAAGUGGCUUUACAAGCUGUUGGACGAAAUGGCGACUUUGGUGUUCUUUGUCCUCACUGGCUAUAAGUUCAGGCCGGCCUCUGACAACCCUUAUCUGCAGCUCUCUCAGGAAGACGACAGUUUUGACAUGGAAUCUGUGGUGACCACCUCGGGUGUCAUGGAGGGUAUGAAGAAAGUCAAGAAGACCGCCAACGGCUCAGCGGAGCCCCACGGCGAGAGAGAGAGCGCUGCCUGACGCUCUCCUCCUUCUCGACACACUCCUCCCGUCUUCCUCCCCCUCUCUUAGGACAAGGCGGCACUUUCCAGCGAACUGUAAUUUAUUGAUCCUUCGCUUCCCUCCCUCCAUGGCACAGAAGCAAAGAGACGACCUUCCCAGUGUAAAAAGAGAAAGAAAAAAAAACAAAACACCACACACACACACACACACACCCGCAGACGUUGGGCUUGGGUGGUGGUGGGUGGAAAGAAGGAUAAAAAUACAGCCAAGAAAAGAGAAUCCAAAACCCGGUUUUGUUCCUCUGUCUUAAGGACUGGGUUUUUCUUCUGGUGCCUAAGUGGAAGGGUUGAAGGAUAGAUAAUGGUGGUGGCUUUCUUUAUUUUUUUAAGAAAAGUCUUUUUACUUCCCUCUUUCCCUUCCUCUCUCUGUCCCUCUCUCUCUCUCUCUCUCUCUCUCUCUCUCUUUCCUUCUUAUCCCUUCCUCCCUCUUCCUCAUUCUCUCUCCCUCCCUCUCCCCUCCCCUCUCUCUUCCCCUCCUCUCUCCCUUUCAUUGUCGUUCUUCGGAACAUGAGCUCUGUUGGGCUACUGGAUGGGGAAGCGGCGGCUUUGAAACACGAUGAGAGAGGUGUGCAAUCCGCGUUGCUUCCCAAAAUGUAAAAAAUGGGGUGAAGGCCUCGGGAGGCGAAUGGGAAGCUUUUGUGUGUGUCCUUUGGUGGCUGGUUUGGAUGCUCCCUGCUGCGUUUAAUCAUUUCCCCCUCGGUUUUUUGCUUCUUUCAGCUUUCAUUGGAACGGAGGGCGAGGGGAGGCCUUCCCGUUCUCGUACCGCAGAAUCAGAAGCUGGUUUUAUUUUGAAAAACGACUGCUUCCGUCGGUGUCCGUAGCCUGGGUGAACACCUUCACUCAGUUGUCUGGAAUGUAUGCAACAGCGUGAAAGUUUAAAUAGUAAAUUAUUACUAAUUUUUUUCUUCCAUUUCUCUUCAUUGUAAAGUGGGGAAGGGUUUGUAAUCCGUGGGAAGAAAAUGGCAUUAUAAAACUCUUAAAACAAGUCCUGCAUAAUUUACCGAAUCUUGGAAAUUCCUCUCUUUACACUCUGUAAAACUGUUGCAUAUUUUGGACUCUCAAAUCCCAGCACGUAUUCCUGGAAAAGAAGGGGGGGGGAAGGCCACUGGCUUUAGUUGACUCUACUCUUUCUGUAGCACAGCCAGUCAAAGACAACAGCUGAUGCAAUUGCAACCUGCAACACGUGUAGAUGGGUCAAUGGAUGCGCGCGUGACGACAUCAGAAAAAGUGGGUUUUUUUUUUUAAUCCCUUGUUCUUAAUUCCUCCUGCUCUCCUGGACAACGCCGUAUAAUUCAAUAAAGGCUGUGUUCACCCAUCCUGCUGAGCCACAGAUCAUGGUUUAAAAGCCAUCAUGGUUAAGCUGAAACCAAUCAGUUUUGCUGUGUGAACUGGGCUGUCAAUGUGAGCCAUAAUGUGGCUCUCUUUUAGCUUUUUGACUUGAUGUGUAGGGUGAAUUUAGCCAUUGUGGGCUCGAUGGCUUGGGAUGGGCUCGUUGGCUUAGACUGCCAACAUGUAGGCAUUGGCAAGACCUCUGGCCUUGUCUUCUGUGAAAUUAAGCAGAGCUAGUCAAGAUUGCAAAAUCUGAAGGCGUGUUGUGUUAUCUUUUUGUGGGAAAGGGCGCUUUAGUUCACACACAAACUUCCCCGGUCGAGAUUUUGGAUAGUUGGUUCUCCUAACCUAGAGCCUAGAUAAUGCAGUGGUGUUGCAUCAGAUUGGGGGAAGUUGUCAUAAGCAUAGAGAGCAUCUUGGCUAGAGGAGAUGAACGUUGGCUGGAAAGCAGAGUGGUUUCACAGCUCUUAGCAAGAAGGCAGAACUGAGUUUGUAAUCGAUGGAUCUUUUCUGAUUCCAGCACCUGAGUGAAUCUACUGCUGACUGUAUCUAUCCCAGAGAUCUAGGAUGCCUUGGGCAAGGAUAUUGUUUAAGCUUUAUUGGUAACCCUUCUUGCUAAGCUUUUGUUUCACGUUAAGCGUUAUUGAUUAACGUAUUAAGCUCUAUAGCUAAUCCUCCUGCGGGUUAAAUUCUGUUACUCAUUCUUCUCGUUAAACUCUGUGGCUAACUCUUCUUAAGCUCUAUAGCUAAUCCUUGUUAAGCUCUAUAGCUAACUUUUCUUGUUAAAUUCUAUGGGUAACUUAACUUGUUAAGCUCUAUAGCUAAUUUUUCUCCGUGUUAAGCUCUACGACUAACCCUUCUUGUUAAGCUCUAAGGCUAAUUUUUCUUGUUAAGUUCUAUAGCUAAGCAUUGUCCUUAAGCUCUAUAACUAAGCUCUAGAGCUUAACGAAGCUCUAGAGCUAACUCUUCUUAUUAAUCUCCUUCCCCUGGCUCUUGUUUCUCUCUUCGGCUGUGGCUGAAACUGGCAUCGUAGUCUGAACCGAUCAAAUGCCCAAACAAUCCCAACAGUUGUGUGAGUGCAGGAAUAUGUUUCAGGUUGCUGUCUUCUCUGUAAAUCUGCAAGAUACUUUGCCUGGUUCAGUGACUCACACAGUCCAUCCCGAGAGAUGUCUAGAAUGUGUAUAACUUGUUAGUGAGGAUAGGACAGAACUAUACCGUAAACGGUCAGCUUGUAAAGGCUAAAGGAAGCCACGCCUUGGUCCGGUUUUGAACCGGACUUUGGUGGCCUCACCUUCACGGUGCGACUUUUCCUUCCACUGGCCAAGCCCCAGAUGUGGCUUCAUUUUGCGCUGGGUGCAGGACGAAGUGGGUUUUAUUAGUGAAAAGGUUUUUUUGAGGGGGCAAGGGGGAAUGUCUUUGCAGGCCAGGCAGUUCCCCAAAUGGCUGAGAGUAUUGAGCUGCUGCUUAGCCUUUGAAUAAAUGUCCACCCGUCCUUCCAGCGGACCUCUGGGGACCCCCUAAUGGCAGCUAUUCUCCAGCUGUUGCACAUUAUACCCCUUCCCUCCCUUGAAAAAGUUGCCCCUGUACCCUCUCAGCCCUCCUGUCCCCCAAUAUCACCAACCUUCCCAGGGAAAACGUGUCUACAAAAGAGGUUUGGUGCAUUGCAGCAUUUUCACGAUGCAACCUGGUUAGGAACGGAGAACGCUCUGUCUCUCCCCCCCGCUCUUGCUUUCCCUGAAGCAAGCAGGACAAAACUGGAGGUGGAAGCCGUUGAGGAUCUCCUUGAGUGUACAAUGCCUUAAAGUAAGCCAUCAACUUUCCUGUCCCUGCCAAGACCAGCCCACUGGUGCCCGAGGGGGCGGCUGUUGCUUUUUUUUUUUCCCCUCCCCUGUUUGGGCAUUCUUCCAUUUUGGAAACUGGCAAAAAUAUCCUUCGGGGCUCAGGAUGGGAUGCGAGGGUGUUAGGACACGGGAAAGGCUGAUCUUGGGUCUGGGAGAAGUCACGUUUUCCUCUCUGAUUUUCCAACUCCAUCGGUUGUCUUCACAGGUCCAGAAUUCCAGAAAAAGAGACUUUGUGAGCACCGGUUUCUCCUAAUCCGUUCCUUGCUGGGACAAGGCAGGUUCCAGGGCUUUUCAAACCAAAGUUUUGAUUUAUUUAGAGACUGCUUGAGAUAGGAACUGAUAGAGCAACGUUUAUCAACUUUGGCAGUUUUACAACGGAUGGACUUCAGCUCCCAGGAUUCCCCAGCUAGCAUGCUCAAAGAUGGGUGGAAUUCUGGGAGUUGAAGUCCGCUUGGAGUCUCCAAGUGGAGAUUUUUCCUCCCCGUUUUUCAAGUUUCCUUCCCACGGCGGGUUUCAUAUACAGCACCUCUUGCGUUAUUUUUUUUUUUUAUUCUCCCAGUGAGUUUUUUAUGCAUUUUUCUAGUCCAUUCCUGAAGAUUUGCGUAUCGCACUUUAAAAGUUAAUCCAAGAAAACUUUUAAACAACAGAAGGACCAGUUCAGUCCUAGGAGAAAAAAAAACUUCCUGGUUCAACUGGCAAUAAAAGCUUAUUGAUUCUUUUCCUCUCUUCCCAUUUCACUUCAAGGAGGGAAGCAUAAAACCCGACACUCUCUUUUAAGACCUCAAAACCUCCCAAUUUCUUUUAGAAAACAAAAGAAAAUACAUUUGGGGCUUUUUUAAUGGGGAAAUUUCGUUUAGGAUCUUGAGGGGGGGUUGGUCCUUUUUUAAUUUCCUUUUUUUAAAAAAAAAUACAAAAUAACAGUAUUUGUGUGAUAGGGGCUAAUAACAAUUGAGGGCUUUAAUUUCCUCUCUAUGUAAUGUGGUUUCCCUGCUAUGGAACAGGUGUAUAAAUUAAAGAAUUCAUAACGAAGCA